UUAUGGGAGCUUCUGAGACCAGUGUGAGCACUGCUGGUCUCCAGUUGCCUUCCCAGCACUGCAAGUGGAGGACGAGUGGAGGAGGAGGAGGAGGUGGGGGAGUAUCCGUCCUCAUGCCCUAGGCGGGAGACAGGAAAACGGGAGAGGAAAGGGGAGAUAGAGGGGGAGAAAGUGAGAAGGAGCAUGUUAGAGAUGCAGAGAGUGUAAUAAUAAAAGGAAAAUGAGAGAGACAAGAGAAGAUGAGGGCAGGAGAGAAGAAUAGAAAAAAGCCAGGAGUAGAAAAAGAGAGAGCGAGAGCAGGGUGGCACAGGGAGAAGAGCAAAUGAGUGAGCGAGUAGGAGACGAAGAGAGAGAGAGAGAGAGUGAGCGAGAGAAAGCGAGAGGGAGGGAAGCGAACAACACUGCAGACACUCGCCCACUGUCACUGCUCCACAGCCAGAGGACAGAGGCAGCAACGGCAACAGUGGGAGCGGAUACGAUGGAGGAGGGAGACCGUAGCGUCCAUCUGCAGCUCAGUCCCCGUCACUGACAGCCUCCCUCUGGGACCAUCCUGCCAAGUUGGGAGCAAAACGGGAAAAAAAAGAAAAAAGGAGAAAACUACUCUCUCUGUCCUUCACAAGACCAAGUAGCGGACCUCAACUCCUGCAGGACUGAUAACACACACACACACACACACACACACACACACACACACACACACACACACACACACACACACCUCAUUAUUUGUCCCUGUCUCACACUCACAUAUACUUUACUCACACCCUCACUCUCUCAAACUGAAGCACACUUCACUUCUUGUUGCCUUUUGGACGAGUGUGUUUUUCUUUUCUUUUUUUCUACACUGCCUUCCCUGACCUUCUGAGCUGAGUGGAUUUACUUUUAUCCUGUGGCGGACCAUGGGGCUAGGGUGGAGGGGUGCAGCAAGGACCCUCCGAAUAAGGACAGAGGGGUACCUUUUGGUGACAUUGCUGCUGUUCUGUGGUUUCUGGAAGGCUCAUGCACAAACAGAUGAUGGGAAGUCUGUCUACUUCUGGGAAACAGGUCCAUGGGGAAGAUGCAUGGGCAGCGACUGUGGCCCAGGUGGCAGCCAAAGCCGGGCAGUCUGGUGUGCCCAUGUGGACGGCUGGACGACGCUUCACACCAACUGUGACCAGGGCCAGCGUCCGUCCAACCAAAGAAACUGUUUCCGUGUGUGUGACUGGCACAAGGACCUUUAUGACUGGAAACUGGGUGCCUGGAAUGAGUGCGUGCCAGUUUCAGCAAGGACCUUUGGGGCCUCACGGCCGUUCACAUGCAGUGGAGGCGAAGAGGGCAUUCAGACCCGGGAGGUGGGCUGCAUGCUCAAGUCUGACGGGUCUCCAGCAGAGGAUGCCAUCUGUGAGUACUUUGAGCCCAAGCCUCGCCUGGAGCAGGCAUGUUUGAUCCCUUGCCCCCAGGAUUGUGUGGUUUCCGAGUAUUCGCCAUGGACAUCCUGCUCCAAAACUUGUGGAACAGGCCUCAGGAACAGGGUGCGUAGUGUCCUGGUUCCUCCACUUUUUGGAGGCGCUGUUUGUCCCAACCUAACUGAGUUCCAGUCUUGUAAACCGGGGCCUUGCACGGGUCCAGAGGGCAUGUACAGUCUCAGGGUUGGACCGUGGAACCCUUGCACCCUCCCGCAGACUCGGACAACACGCCAAGUUAAGCGCAGGAAAGGUAAAGGCCAGGGGCUCAGGGAGAGAGCAGGACUCAAAGAUCCAGAGACGAGGGAGCUUAUUCAGAAGAAACGAACCAGGAAUCGCCUUAACCGGCAAGAGAGUCCGUUCUGGGACAUCCAGGUGGGCUACCAGACUCGGGAUGUGACCUGCAUACAUAGGAAUGGGAGCGCUGUGGGACGCAACCUGUGCACACCGAGGGACAUGCCGCUGACCGUCCAGUCCUGCGUCCUUCCCAAGGACUGCCAGGUGACCGACUGGGCCGAGUGGGGCCCCUGCUCCAAAACCUGCGUGGACCCCGAGUCUCCCAGAGGCAAUCGCACUCGGAGCAGACAGGUGCUCCAGUUCCCUGUGGGCGAGGGGGCGGAGUGCCCCCCGCUGGAGGAGUCGGAGUCAUGUGACCCUCCGGGUGAAGGCGUGCCGCCCUGUGCCAAUUACACGUGGAGAACCACAGAGUGGAGCGACUGCCGGGUUGACUCGUUGCUAAGCCAACAGGACCGUCGACGUAGCAACCUAACAGGACUUUGUGGGGGAGGCCUGCAGACCAGGGAAGUUUAUUGCGUCCAGGCCAACGCUGAGCUUCUAAAAUACCUCAACGACCUCAGAGAAAAAGACAAAGCCUCCCGCCCGGUGGAAAACAAGCUGUGCGAGGGUCCGAUCCCCAACAGGUCCCAGCUCUGCCAAAUCCCCUGUCCCAUCGACUGUGAGGUGUCGCCGUGGGGCGCCUGGGGACCGUGUACCUUCGAGAACUGCGACGACCAGGCUGGAAAGAAAGGUUUCAAACUGAGAAAACGACGGAUCACCAACGAGCCGACGGGAGGGCCCGGAAACUGCCCGCACCUGGUGGAGGCAGUGCCGUGUGACGAGCCCAGUUGCUACGACUGGCAAAUGGUCAGCCUGGAUCAGUGUAUUCCUGACGAUGAGAAGCCAUGUGGCCCCGGCACUCAGCUCGCACAGGUCCAAUGUGUCAACAGCAACGGAGAGGAGGUGGACAGAAGCCUCUGCUCGUCUUCCUCGGCUCCAGAACCUGUGCCCUGUGAGGUGCCUUGCUCGAGGGACUGUGUGCUGAGCGACUGGACGCCCUGGUCCACCUGCUCUCAGACCUGCUCCAGCAAGACCAUCGAGGGGAAGCAGAUGAGGACACGCUCCAUUCUGGCCUACAACGCCGGGGAAGGUGGCGCCCUGUGUCCAAACAGUAGUUCUCUCCAGGAGGUACGAAACUGUAACGAAAAUGCCUGCACAGUUUAUCACUGGCAGACGGGGCCGUGGGGCCCUUGUACCGAAGACCCCUCUGCCUCGUCCCUCAACACCUCCAUGAGUGUCCGUGGCGGCAGUGGCGGUCAGGGCCCCUGCUCCAUGGGAAUGCAGACUCGUAAGGUCAUCUGUGUGCGAGUCAACGUGGGACAGGUGCCACCCAAGAAGUGUCCAGACGGCCCUCGCCCCACCACAGUGCGACCAUGUCAGCUGCCCUGUAAGAAAGACUGCAUCAUGACCCCUUUCAGCGACUGGACAGCGUGUCCUGUAACUUGUGACGCAGCUGGUAACGCAGUGAAGAGAAAGCAAUCAAGGAAACGUCUCAUCAUCCAGCUGCCAUCCAACGGAGGACAGGACUGUCCGGAGGUCCUGGAGGAGGAGAGGGACUGCGAGGUCCCCAAAAUCUGUCCAGGAUUCAGGUGGAAAACCCACAAGUGGAGGAAAUGCCAGCUGGUCCCUUGGUUCAUCAGACAGAACAGUGCGGGCGCGCAGGAGACCUGUGGACCCGGGCUUCAGACAAGAGCUGUGUCCUGCCGCCAGCUGGACGGGACGCAGGCCGACAUCGGCGAGUGUCUGAAAUUCGCCAAGGCCAUGCCUACCAUCACUCAGCGCUGUCAGCUCCCCUGCCAGGAUGACUGCCAGCUGACCAACUGGUCCAAGUUCUCGUCCUGCACAGCUGACUGUGUUGGGGUCCGCACCAGAAAGAGGGCAUUGAUAGGGAGAAGCAAGAAAAAAGACAAGUGCAAGAAUACACAAAUGUACCCUUUGAGUGAGACCCAGUACUGCCCCUGUGACAAGUACAAUGCCCAGCCAGUGGGGAACUGGUCAGACUGCAUCCUGCCCGAGGGAGGCAGAGUGGAGAGCAUCCUGGGGAUGAAGGUCCAGGGAGACAUCAAGGAGUGCGGACAGGGCUACCGCUACCAGGCCAUGGUGUGCUACGACCAGGACAACAGGCUGGUGGAGACCUUACGCUGCAACAGUCACGGUUACAUUGAGGAGGCGUGCAUCAUCCCCUGUCCCUCGGACUGUAAACUCAGUGAGUGGUCUAACUGGUCACGCUGCAGCAAGUCCUGCGGCAGCGGGGUCAAAGUUCGCUCCAAGUGGCUCAGGGAGAAACCUUACAACGGUGGCCGGCCGUGUCCAAAACUGGACCACAUCAACCAGGUACAGGUGUAUGAGGUGGUGCCAUGUCGGAGUGAUUGUAAUCAGUAUGUGUGGGUGGCCGAGCCGUGGAGUGUGUGGAAAGUCAGCAACGUGGACUUGAAAGAGAACUGCGGCGAAGGCGUGCAGACCAGGAAAGUGAGAUGCAUGCUCAACACGAUAGACGGGCCGUCAGAGUCUGUGGAGGACUACCUAUGUGACCCAGAAGAGAUGCCUCUUGGGGCCAGGGAGAGCCGGCUGCCCUGCCCCGAAGACUGUGUCCUCAAUGACUGGGGCCCCUGGAGCCGCUGCAGCCUGCCCUGUACCAGAACCAACAGUCGAGUGCGGUUGGCGUACACCCUCCGGUCGCCCAGCGUGGGGAGGGAGUGUCCAGACACGACUGACAAAGAGCCCUGCGGCCUGAACCUCAACUGUUUCAACUACUUCUACAAUAUCACAGACUGGAGUACAUGUCAGCUGAGUCCUAACGCUGUGUGUGGGAGCGGCAUCAAGACUCGAAUGCUCGACUGUGUUCGCAGCGACGGAAAAUCGGUCGAUAUAAAAUUCUGUGAGGAGUUGAAUUUGGAGAAGAAGUGGCAGAUGAACAUCUCCUGUGUGGUCGAGUGUCCUGUCAACUGUCAGCUGUCGGAGUGGUCGGCCUGGUCAGAGUGUUCACAGACGUGUGGACUAGAGGGUAAGAUGUGGCGCCAGCGGUCGGUGGUUCAGGCCUCUCAGGGCGAUGGCCGGCCCUGCCCUUCUCAGAUGGAGCAGUGGAAGCCCUGCCCUGUCCGACCCUGCUACCGCUGGCAGUACAGCCCCUGGUCCGAGUGUCGGGUGGAGAGUGUGGUGUGUGGACACGGCAUUCGCUACAGAAACCUGUCUUGCUUCGUGUCGGACGGCUCCAGCGACGGCGACGGCAGCUUGGUGGACGAGGAGCUGUGCAGCAGCCUGGAGCUGGCCGUCGACGGAGACAAACAGAUCAGACUGAAAGAGGCCUGUACCCUUCCCUGCCCAGGUGAAUGCUACCUGAUGGAGUGGUCAGACUGGAGCUCAUGCGUGAGCAUCUGCGUGAGGGGGGCCGGCGUGGACUUUGGUUCGGUUCAGGUCCGCUCACGAGCCGUGUUGGCUCAGGAGCCUGAAAACCUGCAGCUCUGUCCUGACCAGGCUUGGGAGUCUGAGCCCUGCACAGGGGGCGAAUGUUACGAGUACAAAUGGUUCAGCAGCGUAAACUCCACCCGCCCUUUUAUCUGGUGUCAGCGCUCAGACGGACUCAAUGUCACCGGAGGUUGUCCUUCUAUGAACCCUCCAGUGGACAACAGCUCCUGUGAUCCUCCCUGUCUCAUGCCAAAGUCUUUCUGCAGCGAGGCCGGUGUCUGCAUGUGCGAGGAGGGAUUCACAGAGGUGCUGUCACCCACCGGACAGCUGGACCAGUGCGCCCCCAUCCCGAUCCUGGAGAUCCCCACAGCAGGGGACAAGAAAGGGGAUGUGAAGACCAGUCGUGCCAUUAACCCCACCCUGCCCUCCACCAUCCUGCCCGGACGCACCGGGCGGACCUGGUACCUGCAGCCCUACGGACCAGAUGGGAAGCUGAAGAUGUGGGUGUAUGGUGUAGCAGCCGGAGCCUUUGUGCUCCUCAUAUUCAUAGUGUCUAUGAUAUACCUAGCUUGCAAAAAGCCAAAGAGACCUCAGAGACAGAGGCAGCAAAACAACCGACUAAAACCUCUGACUCUCGCCUACGACGGGGACACGGACAUGUAGUCCUCCGGGAGACGCUUCACCGAGCACUUCACCUGUCAUAGAGACCCACUCCAUCACAGCCAUUACAGUGAGGGACACGGAUGUUUGCAGCGUGAAUGGACACGUCACAGAGCGGAGAAAUUACAGAAAAUCCUCUUAGCAGAGACACUGGUGGGGUUUAACCAUUUCAAGUAGAGCUCCAUUCACUCCUCAUUUGUAUUUUUUAAGUAUUUUCUUUUGCUAGAGCCUUCGUGACCUCCACCGUGUUCAAUGAAAUGCCUUUUUUUUUUGUUUUAUUUUUGCCCCCCUUACACAUCCACAGUUCUGUAAAGAAACGACUCAUUUCAGACAGAGGGAAAAGCUUGGUGCUGAAGACAGACCCGGCUCUCCUGCUGUCUCUGAACAUGGCAGCACAAGCUCCAACUCUUCCCCCACGCUUUUCCUGCUUGUCCCUAAAAAUGCUGAGUAGCUGGAGGCUUAGGAUGCUCUGACGGUUCGUAUGUUGCCAAAAGUCACCGCAGGGAAGAGGAGGAGGAGGAGGGAGAGGAAAAUCUCCAUAAAAAGGUUUGGAUUCCUUUUUUCUCAAUCCUCAACUGGGUUUUGACUCAAAUCUCUUUUACAGUCUUGAACAAAAGGGAGGCAUUUCUUCUCCUCUUUUCCUUUUUUUUAUUUUUUCUUUGCUCGAUUUAGAGGCACACAGGCCUGUGUUUGUGGGAUAAACUGAUCUGUACGAUGCUGAUGGAGGAGUAGCCUGCAAUCAGUUCAUGGAAACUACUGCCUGCCUGCCUGCCUGCCUCCACCCUUUUUUCUUUGUUUCAGGCUCUACAUUGCACUAUAUUAGUGCAGCAUGAUAUGCACAUGUGACUUCUACCUUCUAUUGCCAUAAAACACUGCCUCUUCCACAGACAAAAACCAUGAAGCAGAGGAACAGCGAGAACAUUCAGAAGGAAAAACGACGGCGACAGGAAAAGUUGUUCAGAUGUGUCACAUUCAACAAGGUGUGAAUCUCAAGUAAAUAUAUGUAUAGAUUUUUUUUCUCACACUGAUUUUUUGGGUUGUAGUAAAAGUACCUUUUGUGGUUUGUAGAUUUCGUCCGGUGUUAUCACUUUAUUUCUGCCCAGAUGCAAUUAAAGACUUAACUAUGGUAUCAGCAGGUGACUUCGUUUAAAUGACUCGCCUGCUUUAAAAAGUUCAGAUUCAGUUUACUUUUGUUUAACCUACAGUCGUGCAUUGUGGAGGAAGCUGACGUUUUCCAGUGAUCAAAGAACAAGAAAGAUAAAUUUAAACCAUUCAUGUCACGCAAAAUGUCAUUUCUGCCUUACUGAUGAUAACUAAAUACUAACAGUCCUGUAAUACAGUUUCUAAUACUUGAAGAGGCAUACAGCAAACAUUCUUCACCACAUGUAGACGUAAAAGAAGAUUCAAUUUGCUUUCCUUUUGAGGUCACUUAGCAAAGUAUACGUCAGAGUUUUUAAAACUUUCUCAUGUAGUAAUCCGUAUCAUAGGUGCUCUGUCGUUUUUCACUCGCACUACAUGAGGUGAAAUAUAGUUAAAAAAAAACAGUCUGUACAGACAAAAAUUAUACAACAUGUUAAUAAUAAGAGAACGCGCUUCUGCUGAGUUCAACGUAAAAGCAAACUGGUGUGGAGAAUGUUUACUUUUUUGUUGUGGGAUUUGUAAAUAACAGCAAUUUUUUUAUUUUUUUGGAAAAAAAAUAUCAAAAAGUAUGUGUACAUUUAUUUUGUAUUGCACAGAAAAUGUUUAGUUUGAAUAUUGCAAAGUGGGGUGUGUGAUAUUGCUGAUUGUUGUUAUCAUGAUGCAAGUUGUAUGUUGUGAACAAACAAACAAAAAAAGGACAGAAAAAAGCAGAAGAAAAAGAUGAAAAGGCUCAGCAGUUUUGUACAGGUUGUUUACAUGUAUGGGAAGAAUUACUGAAAAUAAAUAAGGACACGGUUGUAAAACAAAGUUAUUGAGCCAUUUUUGUAUUUUUCUUUAUAUUUUCACAAGAGAGCAGAAUCCCUUCAUACUGGCAUUAAAGAAUAAGGCUGAUGUUUUCUUAUCUAUCUUCUGUAUUGUCAACAAAUCCCAUAAAAAGACCAAAACGGUUAUCACCCGACUGAUGCUGAUAUCUAUAUUUUAUGAUACAUAAGCACAAACACAAACAAUGUCAUUCAUAUUUGUUAUUUUAAAGCACCGUGAUGAAGAUACAUACACUAUGUGGGACAUUUUACAACCUGUAGUUGCUCUUUGGUGGACAAACUGUGUAAUGUUGACACUGUUUCUAAGUUAUCUUACAACUUAUUUGGCAUUUCUGUGCUGCACAUACACCAAUUUAUUGGUCUAGCUCCUCUCUCAGUACUCUCCAGCUUCCCUGCCCUGCCCGAGGCUCCAUUUGUUCCAAUCGGAAGACAAAUCUCAGAAAUAUACAACACGGUCAGUUACUCAAACAGGAGUGAAAAGUGCAUUUGUUGGGGACUAUUUUCAGCCGUGGAUUAAUACAUGUUUGGUGCUCUAGUGUCUCAUAUAAGGGAUUGACUAAAAAUAUAGAAGGAACACAUCACCCAGUGCAACAGUGUGGCUCAGUGAUAUGUUUUUAAUAGUUCUGAACAUUGGAGCUCUUUAUCAGAGAGGAAUAGGAUGUAUCAGGCUUUGGAUACACGAACACAACACUUCCUAGUAACUCAAUUCAUUGUCGGUUUUGGUCUUUUCAUAGGUUUUGUUCACUAUAAGAUAAAGACUAUCAUCCUUUAAAGGUAGACUAGUAAAGUAAAACAACUAAAUAUGAGUUGAAAUCAGCAAAGUGAGUGUCGGCCUCCUCUAACAGUAACAAUUAGGGGGUUUAACUUUAAAUUUAAGGUUCAUUUAAAGCCCCUACAGGGAACUUUGAUUCUGAUUCUGACUUAGACGACGUAGAAACAGCCAAUCGUCUCACUGAUGGUCUGGUUUAUGUGGGUCAUAUAGAGGCAUCAGUAUUAGACUGAAUCAUAACCAGUUAAAAACAUUUGUCCACUGAGUUUACAAAGUACAAUUAAGAUCAUAUUUUGCAUUUUGAUUCAAAGUUAAGAUGUGUGUGUGUAGAUUAUGGGAAAAUUAAGCUUUUAAGAGUCACUCCGCCUUUUUAGACAUUUUAUGUGUUGGUGUCAAUUUAGUAACAAAGGAAAAGGAGAUGCUGUCAGCGCACUGACAUUUCCCAGCUCCCUCCCCUCUCCAUUUCCUUUGUUACUCUUUGUUGUCCUGCACCUGUACCACACUGGGGCUGCACACUAUUCACAGUUUUCUUUUGCAAUGUCAUUUUAAUAGUCAUGAUUAGAACCUCUCAGCCUUUAAACAUGUAUAAUGUCUUCUGUGGCUCUAGAGGAGCUUUGUCACAUCAG